AUCAAGAAAACUUAAAAGACUUAGUAUUACGUGGUACUGCUACUCAAAACUACAACGCGAAGGCUUCAUUGAAGUAGUUCAAAAGUUGCCAUCAUUGGAAGAGCUAAGUCUGAUAGACACUACUAUCACAGCUAAAGCUUUUGAAGCUCUUGAACGCUCUUGGUCAUGGUUUAAAUCGUUAGAAUUGAAGAAGAUCUCCUGUAUUACGAAAUCCGGUGAAGAAAUAAAUAAAGAGGCUCUAGCUAUUGCUCAAAGCCUGCCUGCCCUGCGCCGCCUUCAGCUCAUUAGAAAUUAUAUGACAAAUGAAGGCCUUCAAGCUAUUCUUGAUGGUUGUCCUAAUCUUGUAUCACUUGACCUGCGGGGAUGCUUUAAUGUUAGACUCGACAAAGUCUCGAGUAGUAGAAUUUCUCGACAGAUUAAGGAUGUGAAGCUCCCUCAUGACACUAUGGAAGACACAUGUGGGAAAUUACUAGCAUGGCAGGGAAUUACAAGAAGGAUAUAUGGUUGGGCUGAGAAGAUUGAGUGGGCAACAAAACAUGUCACAGGCAAGGGCCCAAAAGCUGUGAUUUAUAGAAUGAGCAUUGCAGGAGCU